GUUGCACGUCCGAGGUCGGAAGAGGGGGACGCAUGCAACUGUUUUCGAUAAUCGGCCGCGCGUUCCGUACGUGAAAAGCGGACAGUAUCCCGCCAGUCACGUCCACGUAAAAACGGAUAUAUGCCCAGAAUAUUUAUUAAGUGGGUGGUUGUGCGUGACUUUUCCCCUGUGAAUAGCUAACCCCGUAAACGAUCACCCACGAAAAUAGAACGGGCGUUUGUUUGAUAACUGAAAACGUCUCCAAUUGAAACGCUAGAGACGUCUGUGACAAGUGAAUCGCCCUGAAGAAUUGAGUGACAGCGAACUGUAUGGACAUUAUGGGACAAACCAAAUAUAGGUAAACAGUGAAAACAAAACAUUAAAACCAUCAUCAGUGUAUAGAGUGACUGUUUUUAAAAAUGGAACAUUUUUUAUGCCCAAUCAAACUGUUUUAAUAAUUUAAUACGAAAAUGAAUAGACUAAGAGCGGAUUUGGACAAGUAACGUGUGUGAAUUGUGACGAUGUUGCCGUAUCAGGCUGUAGCUAUGGACUACGCGGUGGCCUCCGCAGGUUUCCAUCACCAUCAGAGGCCUGGAGGCCUGCCCGGCGUGAUGGGCCUCCCGGGGCCCGGGGCCGGACUGAAUCCUGGCCUUAAUCCGGCCUUCACCCAUUCCUGGUUCGUACAGACAAGCCCGGAUAUCUGUCGGCAGCAACAAGCAUCCAACCAAUCGCAUCUCGAACCUGGUAUUCUAGAGCUACGGAAAGAGAAGAGUAGAGAUGCAGCUCGAUCUAGAAGAGGGAAAGAGAACUACGAGUUCUACGAGUUGGCAAAAAUGCUGCCACUACCGGCCGCCAUCACCUCCCAGUUGGAUAAGGCUUCCAUCAUCAGACUGACCAUCAGCUACCUCAAGUUAAGAGAUUUUUCCGGACACGGUGACCCACCAUGGAGUCGAGACCCACCGCCGACUAGCAAAGCAUUGAAAGGGGCUCAAAGCAGAAGAACAUCCGUGGGAUUGGCUAUGGAACUUUUUGAGCAACAUCAGGGCACACAUAUACUUCAGUCUCUCGACGGCUUCGCUUUGUCAGUGGCAGCAGACGGGAGGUUCCUGUACAUAUCAGAAACUGUAUCUAUAUAUUUAGGAUUAUCACAAGUAGAAAUGACGGGCAGCAGUAUAUUCGACUAUGUCCAUCAGGCAGACCACGCGGAGAUAGCUGAACAGCUUGGUUUGUCUCUAGCAGGCAGGUCUGGUGGUGCUGGUCUUAACAGUCCAGCGUCUGGCAGCGAGGAGGGAAGUCAACACGGCACUAAUAACCCAGAUGUAUCAGCACAAAUGAGUUUGGCUGCCAGCGGAAGUUUAUACAGAGGGAUGGAUCGUGCAUUCUGCGUCAGAAUGAAGAGCACUCUCACAAAACGUGGAUGCCACUUUAAAUCGUCAGGAUACCGGGUGGUGCUGAUGCUUUGUCGUUUGCGGCCUCAAUACUCCUUUUCACACAGUCGGAAGUCACCAACUGUCCUCCUCGGAAUGGUGGCACUGGCGAUAGCCUUACCACCGCCAUCUGUGCAUGAAAUAAGACUGGAGUCCGAUAUGUUCGUCACAAGAAUCAAUUUCGACUUUCGAAUAGCUCACUGCGAACCCAGCAGGGUGUCAGAACUACUGGGAUAUACAGCGGAAGAACUCACGGGAAAGAAUCUGUACGCACUGUGUCACGGAGAAGAUGCGAAUAAACUUAGAAAAUGUCACGUAGAUUUAAUGAACAAAGGCCAAGUGCUAACGCACUACUACAGGAUAAUGAACAAACUAGGCGGGUACACAUGGAUGCAAACAUGCGCGACUGUCGUUUGCUCAUCAAAAAAUGCCGAAGAGCAAAACAUCAUUUGUGUCAACUACGUGAUCAGUGGUCGGGAAUAUCCAAACACGGUGAUGGAUUGCUGUCAAUUAGAAGAGAGUGUACAAGGUGUUAAACGCGAAGAAAGCACCGGGGAUCCUGAAAAUGGUCCGCCAGAUACUGAUAAUUCGGGAGGACCACCACCACCACAGAGACAUCCAACAGAAAGAACGGAACCGCCGACGAAUCAAGAAGCAGCGUCUACGGCACCCGUACCAACUUCUGACGUCACUCAUCUAACGAGAUUAAGCGAUGCCCAACCAUUACCUUUACACACGAAUCCAGAAAGAACAUCCCCAAUGCCAGCGAGAAGACUGAAAAAACGAAAACACACUACCGAUGAAGACGACGAAAGAGACGAGGAGAGACGGAAGUCCUCUUCCAACCCUGGCGCGGCAAUAUCGCCUGUCGAACGGGAAAUGACCAAAACAAAUCUAUCAAUACCCGAAGGCACAACCGACGCAACAUCGGUGAGGGACUUAGAAAAUGCGAUGUCAAAACACUUGCCCUCCGUAUCGUUAGACGGCAAAGAGAUAUCAUCGCACCGACCCACUGACUUCUCUACGGAUGCUUUGUUAAAACAGCAACAACAAAAGUCAACAAUACAAUGGAUCGGUACUCAGAAUCAUCAUCUGAACCAUUUAAAUAGACAAAUCCCUGGCAAUCACACCACUACUCCAGCAUCAGCGUUACUAAGACAACUGUAUGCCAAUAGAGAAAGUGUCAUUCGCAGUAACUUCUUAGGGGAUGGAAGAACUGGUGGUUAUUAUUCAAGCGAUGGCCAAAAUGGACCAUUGCCUACACCACCAGGAAGUGAAGGCUCCAGUUACGGAGAACAACUAGGUCAUAAGGGUACAGAUAUAAGUUCUUUAGCUUACGGGGGCUACGCUGAUUACCAUUCAGCUAUGACACCACCAGGAUCAGUCUCUCCGAGGGAUAAACAACAAUACGCAUUGUCAUACGAUAACAGUGCUUAUUCCGAGGCACUAAGGCACUCGUAUCUGGGCGAGACGCCGUUGCCUUUGAAGCCGCAAGCGUAUUCAGCCGUUCCUGGUGCUUUGGAUUACGCGUCUCCUUUAGACCAAUCACAGUUCUUCCAUCCGCCGUCAUCGUUCCAUCUUUAUCAUCCACAAGCUCACGCUGCCCACGCAACUCAUUCGCACCAAACUGUUGAUAAAUCAGCGCCUCCGAAUACGAAUUGGUAUUCGGCUGGAUCAUAGCCAUAUAUGAGAUAAGUUUGAGGGUUUUCCAUUUUCUGCCGUGGGCUUUAAAUAUGUGCAAGUGAGAUCCCAAAUGUUUUCAAAUGUAUUUUUUGUUUUGAAUUUUGUUCCGUUGUUAAGUUUAGCAUUUUUGUUAUCGUUAAGCAAUACUGUCACAAGUUUUUUUGGGAAUUCUCCCUUAUUAUAGUGAAUUGUAAAUAAAUUAUUAAUGGUUCGUUUCAAAACACAUUGUUUCUCAAUUUGUAUACGGACAAGAAGACUUUUUAACUAUUAAAUACUCAAAGAUGACAAGUUUUCGUAAUGUGACUGCUUAUUUGAGAUCUGUGUAAAGUAUGUAUUAAUAUUAUUAUAAUGAUGUGCCAAAUUUGGUGCUUACGGCUAUAUUUGAUUGCAUUUAGCUUUAAAUCCUGAUAAGAUGUUACAUUACCUUUUUCUAUAUUUUACGUAGACACAAUUCUAUUUUCCACAGCGUCAAAGCAUUCAUAGAUUUACAUUACUUAAAUUAGUUAUUCAUCUACAAUAACUUAUUAAAAUAAAGAUAUAUAUUUAUUUCACUCUCAAGAAAAACCCCAGUGAACUACGUAAAGCUUAUUGCAUAUCAUAGUGAAGUUAGGCUUUUUGUAAAUUAUUGUACAAUAUUUAAUGACACGACUGUAUUUUAGACGGUAGUUGUAAUUUCCAAUCUGUACAUUUUAAUACUAAGUAUUGUAUAUUAUUAUUUUUAUUCGUUCGAAAUAAGAUUUCAUUGUAAAUAUUGUCAUUUAGAAUUUAUUUCUUAUUUAUAAUUAUGACAUCGCUCAAAGACUACAAUUUUUUCUUAAGUAUUUAAAUGAAAAUGCUCUAUUAGAUUAGAUGAUUCCAUUAUAAAACAGUCAUCAAACGGAAUAGUGAAAUUCUAUAGCAUUUAGUCAUAUUACAAACUUCGAAGGCAGAGUAUUUGCAAAAGAUAUUGACUCAAUAAAUGUUGCACGUUUUCUCAAACGUCUCUUUCUAACUAUAUGGAUAUAACAAGAACAGAAACACUUAAUCUUUCAAUUUUAUUUAACCAUAAGGAACUAAGUAUAAAUUACAAUAUUGCUGUUUAUGAAGCUUAUUUGGUUUGUGAUAGUCAAAAAUUCUACUAAAUUUCAGUUUAGGAUAUGUGCAACGUUACUGAAUCCUUCAAUUAACUUUACUGUAAAAACAUGACAUAAUUAAUUUAAAAUACUCGAUUUCAACUGAUAUCUCUUUGUAUUAAUUCAAACUAAAUUGUUUUAUUUAGUUCUUAUGUAUUUUUAUACGUGGUCUAUAUGUAACAAAUAAAUUAGUUCUUUACGUUUUUGGUCAUAAAGAUUUCGUUAUAUCAAUGCUAUGUCUGUGCAAUAUGGGUUAAACAAUAAUGUUGUUCACUACGAUUUUUAUAAGCUUCGUUAGUAAAUUUAAGAUAACUAUCAUUAAAAUUGUAAUAAAAUUAUUGUAAUGAGAAAAAAUCGGUUUAAGCGUUUUGCAGUUAUCUGUUACUUUCCAAAUAUUUUCUGAAAACUCAUUCCAUUUAAUUUAAUUUUAGUUGUUAUGUAACUUAAUAACUGACUUAAAUAAUGAACAAAAAUCAAAGAAGUUUUUUUUAUUUCUCUGAAUAAAUGAUUAAGAAUUUUU